CCAAUUUUCCCUAUAUAAAAUUACUCUGUUUCCUUUCGUUUCGUGUGCUUCACAAACGAGGACCAAUAAGCAGCAAAACAAUGGCGACUUCUCUGCAUUCUGUAAACCAUGCACUCUUCAAAUCGGCUUCCACCUCAUCUCUCUCGCCAUCUCCUGUCUUCCGACUCAAUUCCACCACCGCGGGUUUCAACUUCAAACCACUUAUCUCCUCCUCCUCCGCGAUCAUCACACGCGCCGCCGUAUCUUCCUCCGAAUCAGGCGAGUCGCAUAACAGAGAGACAUUUCACGGCCUCUGCUUCGUCUUGAAAGACAACAUAGACACCGAUCAGAUCAUCCCCGCCGAGUACGGCACUCUCAUCCCUUCCAUUCCAGAAGACCGGGAGAAGCUCGGCUCGUUCGCGCUCAACGGCUUACCAAAGUUAUACAGUGAACGUUUCGUGGUUCCAGGGGAGAUGAAAUCGAAGUACUCAGUCAUCAUCGGCGGUGAUAACUUCGGCUGCGGAUCUUCCCGCGAACACGCUCCGGUCUGCCUCGGAGCUGCGGGAGCUAAAGCCGUGGUGGCGGAAUCGUACGCUAGGAUCUUCUUCAGGAACUGUGUAGCUACAGGUGAGAUCUUCCCGUUGGAAUCGGAGGUUAGGAUUUGCGACGAGUGUAAGACAGGGGAUGUGGUUACCGUCGAGCACAAGGAAGACGGUAGUAGUUUGCUGAUUAAUCAUACGACGAGGAAAGAAUAUAAACUGAAACCACUCGGUGAUGCAGGUCCGGUGAUCGACGCCGGUGGAAUCUUCGCUUAUGCUAGAAAAGCCGGCAUGAUUCCUGCGUCGUCCUCUGGUUGACUCGGAUGAUCCAUUAUUCCUGGUUUAGUCCGGUUUGUUUUAUUUGGUUCGAUAACCGGUAACUAAAACCAAUCUUGAAACCAAAAUAAUUCCUUUUCUUCCACGACUUUUUGUGAGCCACGUGGAAGCAUGAAGUGAAGUUUCUUUACUAGACGCUUCGUUUUCUUCUUCUCUCUUUGGGAUGUUUCAGCUUCUUUAGAUACAUUUGCAUGUGCUCUCGAACUCAGAGUUUUAAGCUUUCUUCUUCUGCCUUUCUCAUCUGUAGCAAGGUUUUUGUAGAAGAUUUUUGAUCUCUUUCAAUUGUAUUUUUGCUUCUUAUCAUAUAUAAAUAUAUACAUUUCGUUNUUUU